AUGGCCCCACGGCAGGUGACAGUGGUGGGGCUGCUCCAGGACCCGGUUUUCCACGUGGCCAAGUGCGUGGCAGAGGCUCUGAAGCUGAAGUUUCCCAGCAAGUUUGCAAAUCCUGUCAUACAGCCUUUAGUGGAAUUUGCAUGGCAUGAAUAUUUACAGAAGAAAAAGAAGGAGCUGAGAGGUGAGGUGUGGGCAUAUGCCUCCUCAGUGAUGUGCUUUGUUGAUGGCCAGCUGCUGGGGGACGAGAAGGAGCUGCUCAAAUGGUCAUACUGUGAGUGGGACUAUUGUCACUGCAAGCCCCAGACACUUUACCAAGCGAUUGCUGAGAAUUUCUACACCAAGUAUCUGAAAAACAGCCAGCAUGCGUUUGUGUACCUGGAGAUAGCCAUUGAGGAACAGCCCAUUGGGAGGCUGCUUUUUGAGCUCUUUUCAGAUGUGUGUCCCAUGACCUGCGAGAACUUCCGUGUGCUGUGCACUGGAGGAGCAAAGUCUCCCCGUGACGGCCGAGAGCUCACCUACAAAGACUCCCUUUUCCAUCGCAUUGUGAAAAAUGGCUGGAUCCAAGGCGGAGAUGUAAUAACUGGAAAGGGAGGUGGAGGAGAAUCAAUUUAUGGUCCCACCUUUGAAGAUGAAAGCUUCUCCGUCCGUCACAAUGGAAGAGGGGUCCUCGGGAUGGCCAACAAGGGCCGCCACACCAACGGCUCGCAGUUCUACAUCACUCUCCAGCCAGCUCCCGAACUGGACAAAAAAUACGUGGCUUUUGGGCAACUGAUCGAGGGCACAGAGGUCCUCCAGAAACUGGAAGCUGUACCUACAUAUUAUGAAAGGCCUACAGUAGCCUGUAAGAUUAUUAACUGUGGGACCUUUGAGCCAUGA